GUUGGAGACCUUUCAUUGCUUGAGCCAGUACACACGCGAACACUGUCGCUGCGAGUAGAUCAUUCCCGGGAGUCUGCUUAGUUAUCUAUCAAAGCAUUUCGUCAUGCUUCACUUUGGUGUAUAUAUUCCUGUCGUUGCAUGUCAACAUGCCUGCUUCUUUUCGUCCAACAACAUCACCUAACAUAGAACCGCAAUACAAGUCUCGCUUCAUUUAUCCAAAUAUCAAUCCAAUCAAUUAGCAAGAGGAUCAAAAUGUGCUAUUUCGAGCAAACACAAUUCCUUGCCUGCGGGCACAACGUCGAGAUGGUCAUCGAGAAGUGUGAGCUUGGCGAGCGAUAUCGAACAUCGAUGCACGACAAGAUCAUCACCGCCAUCCACACCGAUGAAGGCAAGUGUGACGUGUGCAGCCCACCACCCGAAUACGUCGAAGGAGCAGCCUCGUCAUUCACUACCCACAACACCAAUGGACCAACCUCAGAUCUUCCUGAACCACAACCGAUCAACGGGCAAGUUGCCCACUCAGAUCUGAGCGACAGCACGCCGCCGGAGCAUCCAGAUCUCAUAGAUCUGACCAAGGACGAGACCACGUCAAAGAAAAGACCCGCUCCAGAUCGGAGAGACAGCUUGGCAACGGACGACACUACGCACGGCCGACUCUUCGAGCUGCCAUCCCGAUCACGAGAAGUUGGAGGCCCUGGUCCUUCAGGCACCAUGUGAACGUCCAACGGCAUGUAAAGCAUAUCUUGCAUGAACCAUCAAGAAGAUUGGUGAGCCCACGCGUCUGAGUGGUUUAUAUUCAGAACCACGAAAGUUAGGGCUACAGGUGGAGGAGAUCUCUUCUCUCGCAACGGUCCAGCGGAUCGAAGACUUGGGGAUGGAGCAACUCCCAGAGCGGGUGACUGUCAAAAGGCCACCCAACCCACCACGAAGUACUUGUGGUAACUCAAAUAGUUCACUUAAUAAAACAUGCUCAAUAGACAGUUACUUGUUCUA